AUGUCUUCUCAAUCUCUUUCUGAAAUCCAGACCACUCUUCGUGGCAAGCUCCGCCAAUACCCUGAUUUCCCCAGCCCUGGAGUUCUUUUCGAAGACAUUAUGCCCAUUUUCCGUGAUCCCAAGGCCUUCCAGCAACUUAUUGACGGAUUUAAGCUUCACCUUACCCAGAAAAACAUUAAGGUUGAUGUUGUUGUUGGUCUGGAUGCUCGUGGCUUUAUUUUUGGUCCUGCGUUGGCUCUCCAGCUUGGUGUUGCAUUUGUGCCUGUCCGCAAGCGUGGUAAGCUUCCUGGUGAGACCGUGUCUGUGACCUACACCAAGGAGUAUGCUACUGAUGAGUUUGAGAUGCAAGCAGAUGCUGUGUCUAAGGGCGAGAAUGUUGUGAUUGUGGAUGAUAUCAUUGCUACUGGUGGCUCUGCGCAGGCUGCAGGCGAGCUGGUGACUAAGUUGGGAGGUGUUGUGUCCGAGUAUCUGUUUUUGUUGGAACUUGAUUUCCUCAAGGGUCGUGAGAAGCUCAAUGCUCCUGUGUUCACUCUUCUUUCUGGUCAGCCCGAGGCUCUUUCUUCUGCUUAA